GUCGUUUCCGGGGUAGUGAGGAAUAAUUUCCGGGUGGUACGAAACGGAAGUAAAAGGCCACAUCCGGCCCCUGAAGGCAGAGGACAAGAUGCUGUGGCGGGCUGUGUGGAGAGCUGCGACCAGGGUCCCGAGCCCCUCCCCUCCGCGUCGGGGACUGCGCUUGCGCGGUCUAGACCAGUCACCUUCCCCAUCUGGCUUCUCUGAUGUAGUCCCUCCUCUGGAGGAAACAGUGCUUCGGCCUCUCUACAUGGAUGUGCAAGCCACUACUCCCCUGGAUCCUCGAGUGUUGGAUGCCAUGCUCCCCUAUCUGGUCAACUACUAUGGGAACCCGCACUCAAGGACUCAUUCAUAUGGCUGGGAGAGUGAGGCUGCCAUGGAACAUGCACGCCAGCAAGUAGCAUCACUGAUUGGGGCUGACCCCCGUGAGAUUAUCUUCACCAGUGGAGCCACUGAAUCCAACAAUUUAGCAAUUAAGGGUGUAGCCAGGUUCUACAAGUUACGGAAAAAGCAUGUGAUCACCACACAAACAGAGCACAAAUGUGUGCUGGACUCAUGCCGUUCUCUGGAAGCUGAAGGCUUUCGGGUCACUUAUCUCCCAGUGCAGAAGAAUGGAAUCAUUGAUUUAAAGGAACUAGAGGCAGCAAUCCAGCCAGACACAAGCCUUGUCUCUAUCAUGACUGUAAACAAUGAAAUUGGAGUGAAACAACCUAUUGAAGACAUUGGACGGAUUUGCAGUUCUCGAAAAGUGUAUUUCCAUACAGAUGCAGCCCAAGCAGUUGGAAAAAUCCCACUAAAUGUGAAUGAUAUGAAAAUUGAUCUCAUGAGUAUCAGUGGCCAUAAGCUUUAUGGCCCAAAAGGAGUUGGUGCGAUCUACAUCCGCCGUCGACCCCGAGUGCGUGUGGAGGCCUUGCAGAGUGGUGGAGGCCAGGAACGGGGCAUGCGCUCUGGAACAGUACCCACUCCCUUAGUGGUUGGGUUGGGGGCUGCCUGCGAAGUGGCACAAGAAGAGAUGGAGAAUGACCAUAAGAGGAUCUCCCUACUAGCAGAAAGGUUGAUAGAAAAGAUAAUGAACAAUCUUCCUGAUGUGGUGAUGAAUGGGGACCCUCAGCAACACUAUCCAGGUUGCAUCAACUUGUCCUUUGCCUAUGUAGAAGGGGAGAGUCUGCUGAUGGCACUCAAAGAUGUGGCUUUGUCUUCAGGCAGUGCCUGUACCUCUGCAUCCCUGGAACCCUCCUAUGUGCUUAGAGCCAUUGGUACAGAUGAAGACCUGGCCCACUCCUCUAUCAGGUUUGGCAUUGGUCGUUUCACCACAGAGGAAGAAGUAGACUACACAGCUGAAAAAUGCAUCUUUCAUGUUAAAAGGCUACGGGAAAUGAGCCCACUGUGGGAAAUGGUACAAGAUGGAAUUGACCUGAAAACCAUCAAGUGGACACAGCACUAGACUGGGCAUCUGACUGCUGGCUUUUCUCUGCUGCUUCCCACCCCACUGGCCCAAGAAACAUCAAUCAGCUGGGUCACUUCUGUUACAAAAUCACCACAGCCCAGGUGGAGAUAAUACCUUUUCUUUUACAUCCACCACAAUCCAGUGAACCUCAGUAUCACAUUGUUUCUAGGACAUAGACAAAACAGAACUCUCUGCUCCUGGAUUCAGUUCCUUUGUGCUGUCUAGAAAAUCUUUCUCCUCAGGACUUCAGAAUGUGGAUUUCCACAUCUUAAAUCAACAAGAAUAUUUGAAUAGGAGUAAUAAUGCUGCUUAUACUCUGUGUUAGGGUAUCCCUGGAGGAAGGAAGGAAGAGCUCCCAUCUCAAUGACUCUUGUGAUCUGCACUGGCUACAUCAUAUGUCAAUUCUGCUAGUUCAGUUGCUCUGACUUCUUCAUAAACUAAUAUGGUCAAAUUAGAUUUCUGUGUGUGGCAACCAAAGGCAAUCCCCCUAUACUACUAGUUAUGGACCUAGUUUCUUAGAAGUAUUCUUAUGCCUUUUCUACCUUUUUUCCUUUGUUCAUCACACAUAGCUGUACAUAUAUCUUAUUUCUUAAUAUUAUUUUAAUUUGUGUUUUCUUAUAUGAAACCUGUUCAUUUGCAAAUUAAAGAAAUAAACCUUCCUAUUCUGA